AUGGCCGGGCAGAUGGCGGUGCUGGGCUCGGCAGUUCUGGCGCUCCUGUUGGCUGGCUACCUAGCACAGCAGUAUUUGCCAAUGCCAACGCCAAAAGUCAUUGGGAUUGAUCUCGGCACGACUUACUGCUCUGUUGGCGUCUUCCUCCCAGGAACGGGGCAAGUGAGGGUUAUUGUGGACGAAAACGGGCACAACAGCAUUCCAAGCAUAGUGUCUUUCACGGACAGAGAGGUCUAUGUGGGCUACGAUGGCCUGGAGCUGGCCGAUUCAAAUCCACAGAACACUAUAUAUGAUGCCAAAAGAUUCAUUGGGAAAAUCUUCACUCCAGAUGAACUGAAAAGUGAAAGUAGCAGGUAUCCAUUUAAGAUUUUAAACAACAAUGGAAUGGCUGAAUUUUCUGUGACAACCAACACAACCUUUCACGUCACUCCAGAGUAUAUUGGCUCUCGGCUGCUCCUGAGGCUGAAGAGAAUGGCCGAAGGCUCUCUUGGUGUGCCUGUUUCCAAGGCAGUCAUCUCUGUACCAGCAGAGUUUGAUGAAAAGCAGCGCAAUUCUACCAUCAAGGCAGCUAACCUUGCAGGGCUAGAAAUUCUGCGUGUGAUAAAUGAACCGACUGCUGCAGCAAUGGCCUACGGCCUCCACAAAGCUGACGUGUUUAAUGUGCUGGUGGUGGAUUUGGGUGGGGGAACGUUAGACGUUUCCCUGUUGAACAAGCAGGGAGGGAUGUUCCUCACGCGAGCCAUGGCAGGUAACAACAAGCUUGGAGGUCAGGAUUUUAAUCAAAGGCUGUUGCAGCAUUUGUACGCCCAGCUCCAUCAAAAGUAUGGUGCUCUACCAUCAAGAAAAGAAGAAAUACAUCGACUCAGACAGGCUGUGGAAGCAGUUAAGUUAAAUCUGACUGUAUAUGAGGCCUCCACAAUAAAAGUGGCAUUGACUUUCCCAGAAAAGAUUACAAAAGAUCUUCCAGAAAGUGAGCUGAACAAAAACACCGUGUUGAAAGACAAGCCUUCACAAGUAAGAAAAGAUAGGGAAAAUGUUGAAGGAGGCAAUUCACAAGCACAGAGCAACUUUGUCACAGUUCUGUUUGAAACAGAAAUCUCUAGGAAGCUCUUUGAGAUGUUGAACAAGGACCUUUUUGAGAAGAUCCUCGUGCCCAUUGAGCAGGUGCUGAAGGAAGGCCACCUACACAAAGCAGAAGUGGAUGAAAUUGUGUUAGUUGGAGGUUCCACGCGGAUUCCUCAAAUCCGCAAAGUUAUUCGAGAUUUCUUUGGAAAGGAACCAAACACCUCUGUAGACCCUGAUUUGGCAGUGGUGAUGGGCGUAGCCAUCCAAGCAGGAAUCGUCGGUGGGUCUUGGCCUCUCCAAGUUAGCGCUAUAGAAAUUCCUAAUAGGCAUUUACGGAAAACUAAUUUUAACUGAAAAUAAGCUUUCUUAUUGCAUUCCAUUUCUCCAGUGCACUAUGGCAGUGCAUGCUAAUCUCACCGGCACUGAAGCCUAAUCUUAGCCAUAUCAUAUCCUUUUCUAUAAACCAGAUAGGUGCUACUGGACACCAAAUUUUGUUAAAGCCAAAAGUUACUUUAAAGCUAUGAGUGAUGUUGAAGUUCUGAAGUGUCCCCUUAUGUAGAUGUGGAAAUGUCAGGUGAAAAUGCUGAUCUUGUAUAGACACAUUCUGUAAUUCAGGAUCCUUAGCAAAUCCUGAAGAGGUGUUUAUUUUAAAGUGAAAAUAUAAAGGGAGUGUGACCAAAGGUUGCAAGUAAUAUGUUAUAGUGCCAUAGCCAUUCCCACGUUAAAUAUAUUUACUUUAAGGAAUGUGAAACAAUGUGGGUGCACAUAGCACUUGCAGUGUUGUGCUUAAAGUUAUUUAUUAAAUUGAGUCAUUUGAGCAUUUAAGCACCUUUCUAAAAGGCAUGUUGCAGCUUGAAUGAGAUUUACUCAUUCACUUGAUUAUUCUGCUGUUCAUAACAGCAUUUUAUCGAGACUAUGUGGCAAAUUCUUGUCUCUUGAUUCAGUCAAACCAUAGUAAGAAAUUUAGCUCUUGCUAAUGCGCAGUGCUACUUAGUGUGUCUGCAAGAGCCAAGUUCCCUGGUGUGUAUUUAAUGUUACUUGUAGGUGCUGCUAUCAUACCACUAAUGUUCUUACCAGAGAACAAGUGCAUACCCGCCCACUAUUUAUAAUCCCUUCGUAUGAAAACUGUAUAAACUUAAUGUAUUUUCUUUAAAGUUAUUCCUGUACAUCUUCACUUGAAUUUGACCAACAUGAAUUUCAGUUUUGUGCAAUUACAAAUGUUACCUCUUUCCCUGUCCUCCACCCCUGCCUUUUUUUUUUUUUUUUCCAGGGAGAAAGUAUGGGACAGACAGGACCUCCUGUAUUAAGUUUAGUUCCUGAAGUUUUCGUAAAUGAAAGCUCACCUAGUUCACCUAGUUUUCUUUUUUGUACUUUCGGGCUCGUAUCUCUGGUUUAUGCUUCUUGUCCUAGUCUCCAUAGGCUAGAGAUUGCAGUUGUUGUUCUGGAAUAAAAAGGGUGUUUGUACCCCAAGGAUUUGAGGUAACAUAAAUAGGAAAUUUUAUUUUGGGCAAGUAUUUUUGUGCCUAAUUAUCCAGCCAAUGCAUAAAGAGAAAUUGAUACUUACAUUGGUGACUAUUUCUACUCUCUUUAGAGAGUUACAGCCAUUUUUAAAAGGCUAGAUACAUUCUUUUUUCAAGUAGAUCUGGCUUGCUACAAUGAAGACACUUCACUUGGCCAAGACUUGUGUAGACUUUUGGUAACAAACCCCAGUCCUAACCAGGUAAGUGGUAGUGACAGUCGGUACUGAGCACUUUUCUCUGCCCUGCAGAUUUUUUUUUCUCCUCCAUAUUGAGGUUACCCAUAUAAAUGGAACUGUAGCUUCACAUAACCAUUCCACCAACAUUGCCUAGCUGUACAGAAGCUUCCCCAGAUAUUGCGAGCGUUCAUUUAAUUUCAUUGAGUGGAAAACUUUUUUUAAUAUAAGAGUAUUUUUUCCUUUGUAGCUCCUAAAAAUUGACCCUGAAAGUCUGUGCAGAGCUUUCAGUAAAAAAUAACAUAUUCAAAAGAAAUUACUUCACACUUAAAAAGUUGGUGGUGAGGGACGGAGGUGAAUGUAAAUAAAACUCUUCACUUGAAAGAAGUGUAGCUUCCAUGCCAGUAUWCAGCACAGUUCUCACGCGGCUGCCGUCCUUGCCUUGCAGAUAUUGUAGGUAUUUAAGUCUUUGAGUCAYUGUGGCCUUUCCUUCUGCCCCGCUGUAAAUUCUUCUCCAAGUAUGCUGGAAUGACAGUAGGCCUUAAGUCUUAAUUUUAAUGCACUUUUGGAAAUGAACAGACCUCCAUAAAAUCUGAAUCGCAUGACAAGUUUGGAAGGCGUCUGAGAGCAACUUUUAAAUGUGAAACUCUUAGUGCAAGUAAAUGAAGUACUUCCACUUAGUAGCACUUGAGUGGAGUUUAACAGUUAAGUUUCUUUCAGUGUUAAUCUGGGAAUUGGAAGGGUGAGUUAUUGUUUACUUGAACUUCACAGAAGGGUAUUUAUUCAGAUGUCUCUACAUAUUUUCUUUUACAUAGAGAAGUUACUGCACAUUGGAUAUCUCACAAUGCAUCCUUAUUUAUUAGAUAACUAUUCUCAGAAUUCUGAGAAGUUAUUUAUUCUUUAUCUUUAGUUUUGGUACUGUAUUUGGCACAAAACAUUGAAAUUCAAAGAUGAGUGGGACACUGUACAAAAGGGAUCUUUACAGGGGUACCUGUGUGCUGCUUACCUGCAGAAGUCUGUUACACACGGCUAUGUGAAGGUUGAAGUCUCUAGAGCCCGUUCUUCAAAUUGAGUAAUGUUGCCU